UCUGCUUCCUCCAUCACCUCAGCAGAGCUCUUGUCCAUGGUAUUUGUCAACAACAAGAAAUACGCAUGUGAAUCGUGCAUUAAGGGUCAUCGGUCAUCCACUUGCCACCAUACCGACCGCCCGCUAUUCGAGAUACAGAAGAAAGGGCGGCCGGUGUCGCAGUGCCCUAAAUGUCGUGAACUCCGGCAGUCGCGUCGGGUCCAUUCCAAAUGCCAAUGUCCACAGCAGGAACAACCCUCCCGCGGGAUUCUCCUCCCUUCCUCCUCGUCCAAAUCUCGACGAUACCUCCCCAUCAAGCCCGCAUUACCCAACGGCCUUCGGGAUGUAUUGCCAGUCUCAACCACCCGAUCUCUUGCGCCUCCCGAUUCUCGGCAGCGAGUUGAUUCCCUGCUCAACCCCUGUAACUGUCGGAGUGGAUCCAAGUGUAAAUGUCGCGCCGAUGACCCGCCAAUCCGCCUCGGUGCUUCCGCAAAGAGUGCACCAGCCCCUUGUUGCGGUCCAACAUCCUGUUGCGGUGGCCAGGGCUCCUCAUCGUCAAAACGUCAAACUUCACGACCAAAUAGUCCCAGUCAUAAACGAUCUAAACACAAGCAUCUGCCUUCAGCAAAGCCUACUCCUGGGCCUGAUCUACCUCCCCUUCUUCUUGACGAGUUCGCGAUCCCCACAUUUGCAACUAUGCCGCCAAUGAGUACCAUUGCGUCUCUGGCUGGGUCAGGUUGCACUUGUGGUGUUGAAUGUGCUUGCCCGGGAUGUGUGGUCCAUCGUGGCCCGGAGCAUGUCGACUCUACCCGUCCAAGCUGCGCUGAUGGUUGCGGCACGUGUGUCGAUUCGAGCGCAGGCGUUGAGGCACCUUCUGGUGAUGCACUUGGCUUGUCCGGCUUCGGAUAUGCCUUCCCAUCAGAAACAUCCAGCAGCAUCUCUCAAUUCCUCGCACGGGCCGCCGCUUUACCCCUUCCUCCGAUCCACUCCAAACAACGGGUCAACCUGCCCAAACUCGAAUGUUGUGGUGGACAUUGCUCGUGUCCUGCUGACUCGUGCUCCUGUGGCAAGUCGUGCGAUGGGGGAUGCACUGAGCAUCGUUCUGCAAAGUUAGCAGACACUCCCUUGGAUGUUGUAGCCGCACCGGAGUCCAGCGUUCCCGACAUCAUUCCUGCCACUCCAAUACCUUCUACCCCACCACGGAGCUGUUGUUGCUAG